GAAGCUGAUCACAAAUUGCAAAAAUCGAUAAAAUUUAGUAAAAUUUCUUGCAAUUCUUGCUCAUUUCUGACGAGCAGAAAGCUAAAUCGUGCUCAAAAGAUAUAUUCUAUUUUGACCUAGAGCGUUCUGUCGGUACGGAAUAUGGCCACGUCACAGGAGGGCAUGGAAGAGCCUAUGGAUUCCACAAGUGCUCCAGAGCAAAAAUGUUUUCUCCAGCAAGUUCUAAAAGAUGACUCCGCACAAGUCAACCUGGAGGAAAGGGUCUUCAAGUCGUUUUUGGAGCAGAAUACCUCUCAGGUUUGCUGGCGACCAGCGGGGUUCGAACUGGUCAAGAAUGAAGAGCUGGCCGGUAGAUACCAAGGGCGGAAAGCCGAGCUUGUCUCAGAUCGCUCUCCAGAGGAACUGGAAGACAAAUACGCUUUCCUGAUCGCCAAAUCCAAGAAAGAUUUCUGGGCGAUUAUCAACAGCGGCCUGCAUUCUGCAAUGUCGUUGUUUUCGGUGUUCGGCCCGGCUAAGUCUGGUGUCUACCUGUACCAACACGCAGACCUCUGCCUGAAGAACUACGCUCUGGCACAUCCGGUUGAUAAGGACGUACAGCUGAUCGUUUUCAAGUAUUUUGAGGGGAAGUUGAAGAAGUUUGUGGCGAACACUGGUCAGAGUGAGACCAAGGAGCUCACGCCCGGGACCGACUGCCACAUGUGUUCUUUGAGACCUAUCGGCACAGACAAACCUGAGCUGCAGUUCCUCAAAUCACAGGUCUAUCUCUACGAGCUCGAUGAAUACGAUUUCCCGGCAUGUCGACCGCGACAGUGCAUCCCUUACGCCAUUGUCACAUUCACUAAGGCAACCCUGGCGUCAUCCAGUCAAGAAUCGACCUCAACCGCCAGCCGAGUAAAUUCCAGCAGUCGGCCCAACGGUGGUAAUACCAAGCAGCUGCGAGGGGCUGAUCGGUUCACAAACUACCCCGGGUUGAUCGACAUCAUUGCCGGGAUAAACGCGAAACCGUCUGUGAAGAGUACGGCGCCACCUUCUAAGUCGCCUCGUGGGCAAUCGCAGGAGAAGAAUUCAGAGUCUUCACGACAGCGGAACGACUCGGACCGUUCGGAUAACUCUCGCGGGCGUCCAGAAAGUUUGCGCAGUCUGCGUCCCGGGGAUAAUCCUAAACUGCGGGAGGUUAUCGAGAAAGUGAACAGUAAGAAAGUUGAGAAGAGUUCGUUGUUGCCGAUUCAUAAGAAUUGGCAGCAGCCGAAUCAGGGGUAUCAGCCGUAUCGCCAGGUGCAUCAUGGGCAACGGGGCGGGAGCAUGAACCCGGGGCAACAAGGACAUGUCGGCCAGGGCCAGAUGGGUUUCAAUGGUGGGCGGGGUAACCAUGGUAACAUGAUGCACGGGCAGCAGGGGCGACACGUUAACCCCUUGAUGCAGCAGAGGAUGGAGAACGCCAUGAUGCAGCAACGGCAAGGCAAUAUGAUGCAACAGGGCGGUAACUACGGUAACAUGGGCUUCAAUCAGGGAGGCAAUAAUAUGCAGAACAUGAGCAUGACGCAACGAAAUCAGGGAAUGCAGUUUGGUGCGGGUGACAUGAACAAUUUCAACGGCAUGAAUAGCAUGAACAAUCCCAGAAUGCAACAGAAUAUGUCGCAAAGUAAAUUUUCCUUGCUGAAUGCGCCGCUCAGCAAUAAUCCCAACCGACAGAUGAACAAUCAAGGUUGCUAUGGGAACAUGGGUGGUCAGAGUAUGCAACGUGGUGGGUGGCAGCAGUGACUAUUUGAUGUUGUUUAGAUACUUUGUUAAAUUCCUGUAGAAGGCGCUGCGAGUCUCGCACCGCUUUGAUGCCCUUAUGUUCCGCACAGAAUACAGAUUGACAUCAUGGGCUACCACCAGCACUGGGUUAAUCAAAAUCUUGUUAGCUUUGAGAGACUUAAUAUGAAAAUUUGGAUGGGAUUGAUGAAAAGGGAUCACGGUUUAACGUAACCGUUUGGGAUUACAUGUACUUGAAUUUUGUGCUCUAGAAAAACUGGGCCCUGCUCGUUAUAAAUUAGGCCACAAGACAUUACGGUUAUCUUUGUCAGCAUUUAACAUGUUUAAGGUGGGCCUCUCAAUUUAAUACCUAGGGUUAUUUUUUGUCACAGUCUCUUGUCGUCUCUAAUUAGGCAAUUGGCGACAAAAGUUUUUGUGGAAAUGAUCUUUUCCUCAUACAAUUACACAUUAGCUGUAUUUACCAACGUUUUAUUGCUAUACACGUAGUUGUUUAGAACUAGGUGGCCGCUGUGGAAUAUCGUGCUUGGAGUUAGCGUGCCAUGCUAGCGUGCCGUGCUAGUUUCAUUAUCAUCCUCAGAUGACUCAUUAUCGUCACAUCAUCCAAGCUGAAAUAGCAAGGCAUGUUAUCACCAAAAUCUCAUUAGGACUUGACGUAAUGAUGUAAAUGGCGAUGAUAUGCAUGAUGUGGGGAAUAUACUCUAAACUCGGGUCUAUAAGACCAGGUUGAUAAUACCGCCCAAUACCACAUCUAUGAUGUUUAUUCAUUAGGAUAUUCAUCCAGGUGAGGGGUGUUAGCCCUAUAAAAAUUCUCGUCAAACCUCAUAUGAUUUACAUGUGACGUGUGUAAUGGGCGGGCAAGAAAUAUAUGAUCUGGUCUUAUACAGCCGAGUUGAGAUGAUGUUUUCUGACAUUGGGUUUAAAUAUUCAAGAUCGCAUUGUUCUAGAAUUUCUGUUUUUUAUUCCUGGACAUUUGCUGUAAAGUAGUGUCACAGAACAUCCAUGUCUAUACUAUUGUUAUUUUGAACUUGAUAUCAAUGUACUAUGUUGUCCAAUAGGACUAUUUCAUUUUAAAAUUGUGGUAAAAAUAAACCGGCAUCUCUUUUAAUGCA